GAGUGGCUGUCCGUCUGUAACGUCACUCUAUUCGGGCUUCUGACUGUGGUGGUUCGGAUGUUAAGGUACAGCGCAGGUAUCACUAUGAAGGGAAAUACUUGAUCUACACUCUCCUAAAGAGAAUUCAUGCUUAAGAAUGCAGUAUGUGACAACGCCACAAGAUAAUUAUAGCAAGGCCUUCUUUUGUUGUUGGCUACAUCGUUUCAAUUUGAAAGGAGUUAAGGAACGGCAAGACCGUUUUUUUUUUUAUUUUUAACUUUGUAUGUUUUCAUUGUAAACGCACUCGUGUGUGACAUUUUUAAUAUGGCGGGAUCCUAGGUAAUUUUACUGUAGACUGUACAUUGCAAAGAAAUGGAAGACGCACACUUAUGGAAGGUGGUCCAGUUUUCUUUGUGCACCAGACUUAUUGCCAUUGUUUUACAGGUGUUUUUUAAUGCCCUGAUCCCAGACCAUUCUGCAGAUGCAUUCUGUCCCCCUCGUUUAACUCUCUCAACUGGCUGGGACUUUAUUGUAGAGAUUUUAUUUGGUGGAUUCUCCCACUGGGAUGCAGAACACUUCUUAUUCAUUGCAGAAUACGGCUACUUGUACGAACACAAUUUUGCAUUCUUUCCAAUUUUUCCCUUGACAGUGAGGUUGAUUGCAAAUACCUUCCUCUGGCCUUUACAUGGAUUGCUGUCAUUACGGAGCAGCCUUCUGGUGUCUGCAGUAAUGCUAAAUUCAGCAUUGCAUGUGGUCUCUGCAGUUAUUUUAUACAGGUUGGGCUGCAUAGUGUUACAGAGUCGCAGGCUAGCUUAUCUUUCAGCUUUGUUUUUUUGUCUCAACCCUGCUAAUAUCUUCAUGGCAGCUGCAUACUCUGAAAGCAUGUUUGCCUUUUUGGCUUUUAGUGCCAUGUGGCAGCUAGAGAGAGGUGGGGUGGUGUCAAGCUGCCUUCUGUUCUCAUUUGCAACAGGUGUCCGCUCCAAUGGCAUUGUCAACGCUGGAUUUCUCAUUUACUCUCAGGUCAAACAGAACAUUUUCUACAGUGCAGCUGUUUACAAACAUUCAACAGUUCUGAGACAGAUAUGUUUUCAUACAGUGAAAUCAACACUAACUUUUUUAACUGUUUUAACUGGAACUUUUGUUAUAUUGCUUCCAUUUUUUCUGUUUCAGUAUUAUGCUUUUCUGCAGUUUUGCACACGUGAAAUGAACCAUCAGGAAGAAAUACCUCAUCCUUUGCUAGAAUUAGCUGCUUCUAAGGGUUAUCGUGUAGCAAGCACAACUGGAGAAGUUCCAAGUUGGUGUGCUGAGCACUAUCCUAUUAUAUACUCCUAUGUUCAGGAUGUGUACUGGAAUGUGGGAUUUCUCAGGUACUUUCAACUUCGGCAGAUUCCUAACUGUUUGCUUGCUCUACCUGUGACUUUACUGUGUUCAUGGGCAAGCUGGUAUUUUAUAUCUGCUGAUCCUUGGUACUGUCUGAAGUUGGGACUGGUGAAGACAAGUAAACAAGACAAACCUGCUUCUGGGUUUUACAGUCCUAAUGUUUUUGUUUAUUUAGUGCACUGUUCUUGUUUGCUGGUGUUUGGAAUAUUCCACAUGCAUGUUCAGGUUUUAACCAGAUUUUUGUGCUCUUCUUCUCCCGUACUGUACUGGUUCUGUGCUCACCUCCUUCAGAAAGAACCUUUACUCGAUGAAUAUAGCUGUAAGCUUUCAUCCUGUACUACUAGACUGCAAGCUGAUGAUACUUCAUCCACUUCUGCAAUUUCCCUGAUUGACAGAUCUUGGAAAAAUGCCAUGAGUAACUCCAUCACAGAAUUGUUCCUGAAUUGGAAAAAGUGUACCUCCACCACCAGGUGCAUUUUGGGCUACUUCCUCUCCUACUGGAUGCUUGGACUCCUUUUGCACUGUAAUUUCUUGCCUUGGACGUGAAUCCAGCUUGUUGUAAUAGUUUUGUUGCUGUGCAGUGGCCAGUGAAUGAUUUCCAAUAAUGUCCUGUGUUAGUGACUUGCUAAAUGCCCAAGGCAGGAAAAUGGUUAAAAUAAAACAUAGUUCCCCUAUCCUUGCUUAGGACAUAACUUUGUUACCACCUGCUGGAACUUUGCAUUCUUUUAUGCCAUUUGAAAGACUAGUAUGCAAUGAACAGAAAAGUCAGCUGCUUAGAAGAAUACAUUACAGUUCAGAUAAUCUGCUUGUUUUAUGUAGUUUAUAAUUUUCAGCAGACAAAACAGAAUGCAUGCAUAAACUUAAUAUCGCUGUAUUUGAUGUGCUAUGAUGGACUUUCAGAUUGUGUUUUGUUAGCUUAGAGCACAGCGUUGGCAUGGUUGAGCAUUUGCUGUGCACUGCACUGCUUAUGGAAUGCUGUGCUUUGUGCUACAGCCUGUUAUACUGGGGACACAUAUUGUGGAGGGGGCGAUGAUCAAGUCCGUAGACAAAGGAUUUGAAUCCGUGUUUUCUUAGUUGUCUGUGGGUGAGAACUGCAGCAAAUCCCAUCCUAAAGAGAAAAAAAUGACAUCCAAAGCGCAAAUUAAAUUAAUUUCAAAAACGCAAACACACUGCUUUUGUGAGCAGUUUGCACUAAAAAUACAAAAAAAAAAAAAAAUAGCACAUGGUUUGUGGUAGUGUUAAAGAAAGGAUUUUUCUAAGGUAAGGUACAGGAUAAGGGUUCUCACACAUUAGUAUGCCCCCCCCCCCCAGCACAACCUUACUAAUGCGUGUUAACCCUAACCCUGCACUUUACCUUAAAAAAAGUUUUCUGCAUUACUACCACUACACAACACGCUGACACACACCAACAAAUAUGCACAACACUAAAGCUAUCCUCUUACCUAACCCUUACUCUAAGCCAUCUGACAGCACUUUUGUAAGCAUUGUUCCACCCUAAGUACCAUCCCACUUACCUCUGUCUGCAUUCUAACCUGUAUACAAUCUGAUACUGAACAAUAUUCUGAACUGUGCUUGUGUGUGUGUGUGUGUGUGUGUGUGUGUGUGUCUGUAUAUACACACACACAUAUA